GGUUACUGAACUUUUCUUUCUGGCCGCGAUCCGUUGCAAAGGAGCCUUGCGAUGGCCGGAGCGGUAACUUUGUAGUCCAAUGAAGGGGUCAAUGGCGAGAUCCUGGUUGAUGAGGACCAACUGGCAGAGAGGUGGAGAGGCCAAAUUAAGGCCAUGACGCAGGUGAAGUACAUGACUGACCUGGACAAUGGUCUGCCCCUUCAAGAGCAGAAGUUGAUCUGUGCGUGGACGCAGGCCUUUUCAGAGCAUAGCCAUCAUGAAGCCCUCUUGGAGAACCUCAGGACAGCCACCUCGACAACAUGCCUCUAUCCUGAAGAGAUUCGCGAUGUCUUCCACCGGUGGUGUGAUGGUCUGUACGAAAGAGAAGAGGGAGUAGUCUCCUUUAAGCGGAAUUCGGAAGCUGUCCUUUGCAUGGCUCAAGGGAUGCAAUACCCCAACCUGCAGCCAUGUCGACAUCAUGCACCUCAUCCUCGCUGAAAUUCAGACGUGUUCACAGCUUGUGAAGGAAGUACAUAGGCCUAUUCGAUAUAAGCCCGCCAUGUAUUCUCCGGCAUAGGAGACAAGGCGACUUUGAGUUGGCCAUCGAAGCUCUAGGAGGAUAUAAUCCUCGGAUUUCUCGUCGGCCCGCCGUGUGAAAGCUGGAGCCGCGCCAGAGGGCGCCAGCUUGAAAACGGGCAGGCCAGACCCCGCAGAGUG